AUGGAGGCGCUCCUGGGCACAGGCAAAGGCUGCGGGAGCGAGCAGGCCAACGCCACCCCAUUGCCUGAAGAGGGGAAGGAGAAAGCCACGCUGCUAGAAGAGCAGAGAAGAGAAAUCCUAGAAAUCCUUCAAGGACACGAGGAGGAAAAGGAGAAGCUGAGGCAGGUCCUCCAGGCAGAGACCCAGAGACUCGCCCAAGACAUUAAAAUCCAGGUGGAAAAGGGAAAAGACGCGGAGCUGAAGGAGCAACUCUCGGAGCUGUUCAGGGCGCUGAAGAGGACGCACGAAGGGACCCUGCAAGAGCUCCGGCGAGCGCACGACCAGGAGAAGCUGCUGCUGGCAGAGUCCCACCAAAGGUCCCAGGAGGCCCUGCAGGAAACAAUAGACGCCUUGAAUUCCCAGCUGAAGUCCUUCCAGGAGAAGAUGAAGCGGGUGGAGGAAUCACUCUUGAGCAGGGACUACAAGAAACACAUUGAGGUGCAAGGAAACGCGGGAACGGGCAUCUCUCUGGGUUUGGUGUCAGUGACGUCUCUUGUCCUUGGUGGUUUGGGCUGA